AUGAAAUCUCCCUUCUCUCCUCUCCUCGUUGCAACUCUGGCGAUCUUCUUUUGUGAUGCUUUGGUUGUUCUUCGAGCAAGCCAGCAGAGUGACCUUGUCGACGCACACAACGCAGCUCGAUCGGCUGUGAAUGUCUCGGGGCUGGUUUGGAACGAUACAGUGGCCGCGUUUGCAUCAAGCUGGGCGGCAACUCUCCGGGAUCAAAACAACUGCGCGCUGAUCCACUCGGGUGGGAGAUAUGGCGAGAAUUUGUGGAAGUGGUGGGGAAGUCCCGGCUUGCCUGCUCCUCCCGCCACUGACGCUGUGGCUGCCUGGGUGAACGAGCGAGUCGACUACAACUAUGCGUCAAACACUUGCGCGGCGGGGAAGGUCUGUGGACACUACACGCAGGUUGUGUGGAAGAACUCUGUUCGAGUUGGAUGCGCUUAUGUCCAGUGCAAUGGUAUGAAUGCUUACCUUGUUAGUUGCAACUAUGAUCCACCAGGAAAUUAUAUAGGCCAGAAACCAUAUUGACAUGGUUUAUGCACUGAUAUCUGAAAGAAUAAACAGCAGUAAAUAUGCAUAAGAAUAUUACACUCAA